AUGGCCGCGUGGGGCGGCGCGUUCCGCGCAACGCGCGCGGCGUGGAAGAAGCGGAAGGGGCCGAUGCUGAUGCCGGGGCUGCUGGAGGCGCAGCAGCUGGCUGUGGCUCGGCAGCCCGAACGUGUGCUUCGGAACCGAGGCUUGGUGGAGAUCGGGCAGGUCUGCCUGCCGAACGCGCUGCAGCAGUCGAUUAAAGCCAUCGUCGCGGAAGGCGCAACCAGUUCCGCGCACGUGCACCGCGACGUGCGCCGGCUGAUGUCUGCGUACGACGCGUUCUUCAGCGGGUGGCCGCAGCCGUCCGCGGAGCGCCUGGCGGACGACACGCGGGAGCCGCCGCUGAUGCGCGAAAUGGACGUGGGGCGCAUUCCGGACGCGCGGAUGGUGCGACUGCUGCGCGGAUGGGAGAAGAACUCGUGGGGGAAGGGCACGGAGGAGGGCGGGGAAGGGGGCGCGGGGGAAGCGGCGGAGAGGGGGAAAGGGGGGGCGCGGGAGCGGGGGGAGGGGGGGAGGCGCGCAGUGGAGUAUGGGGAGACGGAGGCCCUGGCAUACGCGGCUGCGCGCAUGCCCUCCACCUAUGCCGCCGUGUUCCGCGCUCUCACUGAGGUGAAGCGACGACUGCCCUCACUCUCGCCCUCCUCCCUGCUGGACUUCGGAUCCGGGCCUGGCACCGUGAUGUGGGCGGCGAGCGAGGUGUGGGGCAGCACGGUGCAGCGGGCAGCAGCAGUGGAGCCCGCUGAUGCCAUGUGGGCCAUGGGGGAGCGCAUCAGAGCUGUGGCAGCAGCGGGUCCCAGGCCCCCACGUGCGCUGCGCGAUGCUGUUCGGUACACCAGUCUGCAGCACCUGUCAAGGGAGGCACGCGGGGCCGACAGGGUGUUUGACGUUGUGGUGGCGGUGAGAGGGGGGGGGAAGAGGGCAGGGGUGGGGGCGUAUGCGCUGGGCGAGGUGGACUCAGUGGAUGAGAGGCGCGCCAUUGUGGACCGCCUCUGGAGCCAUGCACGCCAUGUCAUGGUGCUGGUGGAGACAGGCAACCCACGCGGUUAUGAGGCCAUAGCCAAGGCCAGGGCGCACAUACUGCACACACAGAGAGCGAAGGCAGCGCGACUGGCCGAUAGGGGACCCAGCAAGAACGCCCCGGACCCCUCCAAACCCCUUCUGCCGCCCGGUGCUCACGUGCUCGCCCCUUGUGCACACGACGGGCACUGCCCCAUGUACGGCACGACCAGCUGGUGCCACUUCUCCCAGACGCUGCAGCGCUCUGCCGUGCAGCGCAUUGCCAAGAGGGCAGCGGGGCAGGAGAUAACGGGCAGCACGGAGGACGAGAAGUUCUCGUAUGUGGUGCUGCGCAGGGGACCUCGACCCCUGGUGGUGGCGCCAUUGCAGCAGAUAGCCCAGUUCCGGAGGGAGGAGAAGGAGAGGCAGGCGAGGGAGGAGGCGGAGAAGGAGGCCAAGCGCCUGGCCAAGAAGCAAGCCAAGUGGGGACCGACAGUGCGGCUCAUCCCCCUGGACGAGGGGACAGUGGGGACAGAGGCGGGUGCACUGCUGCAAGGGGAGAGGCAAGGGGCAGAGGGUGCAGGUGAGGAAGGAGAGCAGGCAGAGGAGGAGGAAGAGGAAGAGGAGGAAGAUGAGGAUGAAGAGGAAGAAGAGGAGGCGGACGUUCGACCGAAGCACACUUCUGUCGGUGCACCAGACGAAGAGGAAGGGGUCAUCGAGGGCAGGAGGGAUGGUGAAUCUGACAUGGACGGGACUGUCACUGACAGCAGUGAUGAGGAUGACGGUGAUAACGAUGAUGCUGGCCUGGAUGAUGAUACAGUGGAUCCCACAUUAGCCACUGACAACCCACCACGUGGCGACCGCUUUGCGAAUCUGAGUCCCGAGUGGAGCCGCGUGAUUCGCGAGCCGAGGCGGCGGGGGCAGCACGUGAUAGUGGACGUGUGUGCAUCAAUGGACGGCAGGGGGCGGCGCGGCGAGCUGCAGCGGCUACUCUUCUCCAAGGCUGCGGGGCGCGUGGAGUACCGGUUUGCACGCAAGGUGCGGUGGGGUGACCUGUGGCCCAGCACUGGUGAGGCACAGGAGGGCAAAGAGCAGGGCGAGAGGGAGGGCACGGAUACAACGAUCAUGACAACCAGCAGCGACACCCAGCCGCAGGAGCCGGCGCAUACCGGGGGUCCCGAGGUAGCGCUCGUGUUCAUCGGCGUGUCGCUGGCGCUCGGCGCGCUGUGCCGGCAGGUGCUGAGCAACACGCGCAUCCCGUACACCGUCGCGCUGCUGCUCGUCGGCGUCGGGCUUGGCGCGCUAGGGGCCAACAUUGAUCCAGAGCUGGUGCUCUACGUCUUUCUGCCCGCACUGCUAUUCGAGAGCGCCUUUUCCUUCGAGUUCCACCAAGUCAAGCGAUGUCUGGUGCAAAUGUUCCUGCUGGCAGUGCCGGGCGUGGCCAUCUCCACGGGCUUCCUCGGAGUCAUCAGCCGAUACGUGCUGCCGUACGGGUGGAACUGGUCGACGGCCAUGCUGCUGGGCGGGCUGCUGAGCGCCACGGACCCCGUGGCCGUGGUGGCUCUGCUGCGCGACCUGGGCGCCUCCAAGAAGCUCAGCACCAUCAUUGACGGCGAGGCGCUCAUGAACGACGGCACGGCCAUAGUGGUGUUCCAGCUGUUCCUGCGCCUCACUCUAGGCUACAGCUACAGCAUCGGGGAUGUCAUCGGCUUCCUCUUCAAGGUCACGCUUGGCGGGUCAGUGCCACAUGCCAGCAUGUUCUCACACGUACCAGCCUUUGGUCACACAUCGCCCUCCCCUCCCUCGUCGUUAUUCACACGUCUUACGUGUGCGACUUGUCCCUUUUCCCUCUUCCUCCCUGUGCUGCCAUGGCGCUGGUGCUGGUGCAUACAACACAGGGUGGGGUUGGGGAUGGCGUUCGGGGUGGUGAGUCUGCUGUGGCUGCGCACCGUCUUCAGCGACCAUGUCAUCGAGAUCACCAUCAGCCUCACCGCCUCCUACAUGGCCUUCUUUGUGGUGCGUGCACAUGCGCAUGCUGCACCACGUCAAACGCAUGACGUGCCAUGCCAUGGGGUCAAGGGCAUGCCAUGCCAUGGGGCUAACGACGUGGCCCAAACAUCGGGAGUGCUUUCAGACAUGACGCUUGGCAUGGACUCCUUCACAUCUCACUCAAUCCUCUCCUUACUCCCUUUCUCUUCCCCUCCUCUCACCACCCUCGCCCCUGAUCCUUAUGGCAGUAUGUUUGCCAUAUUCGCCAAGACGGCAUUCACAGGGGAGAGCGAGCAGGGCAUGCACCACUUCUGGGAGAUGGUGUCCUACAUCGCCAACACGCUCAUCUUUGUGCUCAGUGGAGUGGUGAUAUCAGAGAGCAUACUCCAGAACGCCAACUACAUCAAAGGCGCGGACUGGGGCUACAUGGUUCUGCUCUACGUGUUUGUGCAGCUGUCACGGGUGGUGGUGGUGGGAGUGCUGUACCCCGGGCUGGCCAGCAGCGGCUACGGGCUCACGUGGAAGGAGGCCAUCAUCCUCGUCUGGUCCGGCCUGCGCGGUGCCGUUGCCCUCACGCUCGCCCUGCUCGUCAGCCACGAGCCGGUAACAGAAAACAUCACUAAAGAAACAGAAGCCAGGUUCAUGUUUCUGACGGGCGGGGUGGUGUUCCUGACGCUCAUAGUGAACGGCAGCACCACGCAGUUCGUGCUCGCCGCACUCAAGAUGAACGCCACCUCCGACAUCAAGGUGCCCCGCUCCCUCCCUCCCUCCCUCCCUGCUAGUCCUUACAUGCACCAAUCGUCAUCAGUACCCAUCCAACCACAUCUCCCUCCCCUGUCAUCUCGCUUUCUUCUCCGCUUAACCAUCCUGCAUGUUCCGCCACCUCCUCUGCGAUUCCUUGCUUGCUCCGCUUUUCCACCCGCUCUCUCUCCCAAUCCCAUCCCUCUAUUCCUGUUCCGGAAUGCCUUCCUGCCUCGCUCUCAGUCACCCUCUGUUCCCGUUCUACCACCAUCCCCCAUUGCCUCAUCCGCCCCAAUCGCUACCCAUUCUCCCGCCCCACCUCCCGCUCCCCCUCCUCCUCCCCUCUCCCCGCAACAGAAGCGAGUGGUGAACUUCACGCGCCAGGAGCUCUGUGAGUACGCAGUGAAGACGUUUGAGGAGAUAGGAGACGAUGAGGAGCUGGGGCCAGCGGAGUGGGCCACCGUCAACGAGUACCUCACCUGCCUCAAACAGCCCGCCUCCCACGGAACCCUCUCAGCCAGCGCCUUCCUGAGCCGAUUCGGAGGCUCGGGGACUGGUUCGGGGGGAGGGUCGGGGGUGGGGGUGAGGAAGAGCCACCCGCAUGAUCACAGCCAGUCGCACGAGCAGCUGCGCGCACAGCAGCUGCAUGACACCCGCCUCAGGUUCCUCAACGGCGUGCAGGCGGCGUACUGGAGCAUGCUGGAGGAGGGGCGCGUUAACCAAACAGCCGCCAUGCUGCUCAUGCAGGCCGUGGCCGAGGCCGUCGACCUCACCACGCAGCAGCGCCGCCUGCUGCUGUGGAAAGCCCUGGAGCCGCACGUGUGCAUGCCGCGCUACCUGCGCCUCUUCCACCGCCGCCUGCGCCGCCUGCUGCCCCAGCGCGCCCUCAACUGGGUCACCGUCGACCGCCUCGAGCUGGCGGCUUCCAUGAGUGCUGCUUACAUCCGUGCUCUCCGGCAUGCCCGGCAACAGCUGCGAGACUUUCUCAAGGACAGCCCCAUAUGCGAGGCGGUGAUACUGGAGAGCGAGGAGGAGGAGACACCGGCCAAGAGGUUCAUGGAAGACGUGCGCCUCAACUUCCCCGAGGUGCUCACCAUCAUCAAGACCAAGCAGGUCACCCACGCCAUCCUGCAGGGCCUGCACGGUUACGUGGAGAAUCUCGAGCACGCGGGGCUGCUGGACCAGCGCGAGGUGAUGCAUCUGCACAAGGCAGUGCAGGCAGACAUGAAGAAGCUGCAGCGCAGCCCGCCGUUUGUGGCGAUGCUGCCGGCGGGGGAGGUGCUGGCGAGGCAGCCGCUCAUCGGAGCGCUGCCGGCGGACAUCCGCCUGGCGCUGCUGCAGCCGCUCAAAGAAGCCACCAAACUCUCCGGUGCCUCGCUCUUCCACCAAGGGCAGCCCGCCCAGGGCGUCUGGCUCAUCGCCUCCGGUACCGCCAAGUGGACGUCAGCGCGGGCAGAGGCAGAGGCGGAGGCGCACGGGCACCGGUUCAUCCCGCCGCUGUUUGCACACGGCAGCUCCGUGGGGCUGUAUGAGACGCUGCGGGGGUGCGCGUACAUGAGCACGGUGGCAGCAGACAGCGUGCUGCACUGCUUCUUCAUCGACAGACAGCGCAUCAUGGAUGCUGCAGGCAGCAGCGAUGCCAUUGAGGACUUUCUGUGGAAGGUGAGAAGCAGGGGGUGA